AUGGCUGCGGCGGUAACCCUCCUCCGCCUUCCUCUCGCCCGUCUCUCCUACCACCUCCGCUCCGUACCUUCCUCUCGUCUCCCGCCCCCUCGCCUCCGUAUCCUCACCUCCCAUCGCCUUUUCUCCUCCCUGGACCACGGCUCCGCCUCUGCCUCAGCUUCCGCGGCCGUCGCCGAUGUUGUAGGCGUGCCGGACGCGGAGGAGGAGUCGGUAGAGGAGGAAUCUGCGGCCGAGGCUGAGGCUGAGGCUGAGGCGCCCAGCGUGAAGGAGCGGAAUGAACUGGCCUCGUACGCGCACGGCCUCGGCAAGAAGCUCAAAUCGCAGCAGGUCGGCAAGAGCGGCGUCACACCCAACCUUGUCUCCGCCUUCAGUGACAACCUCGAGUCCAACGAGCUCCUAAAGAAGGCGCAAAUUUAG